UACACCAUCCACUAAAACCGCUUAUUCGACAUCGAUAAAAUCAAGCCGUUGGAUCAAUCGACAUCCCAUUUAGUCAACAAAUCGAACGGCCAGUAACACCUUCGCUAACCUUACCCGAUUUAUAUCCAAAGCCACCUGUUGCUCCUCCUCUCGUCGCAAAAUUCUAACAAAAAUGGCUGUGAUGAACGGUGGUGCAACGGAAAAACCCAACGGCAGCGUGUUAUCAUCGCCUCCGCCGUCGGUGGUUGAGGAUGAAAAAGAGAAAUCUUUUACCACCAAAUCGUUAUCAGACAAAUCUGAGGUUAGCCACGGUGAAUUAGGAGAAGAUGUAACUUUGAGCGGCGUUUUCAACCACCUUACCGAAUCCAUUUUCGAUCCGAAUCCUGAUCAAAAUUCAAGCGCUGGUCGUCCUCCUAUGGCUAAUCGGAUCAAGAAAUCGUUCAUAGAAGCGGCUCCUAUGUUUCGCGAAGCUACCCUGAACACCCGCCGCGAGGUUCUUCAAUGGACUCGUCGCGGUAGUCCUCUCCGAGCUCUAUUGGUUGUGUCUGGUGGGGCAGUGACUCUUCUAGCUUUGACCGGAAUACUGGUGUUUAUGCUGUUCUUCGUGGCGGCAACUGUGAAUGCAAUCGUGAUCUCUCUUCUCAUCUCCAUGGCGGCAGUUGGUGGCUUUUUAGCAAUCUUCUUUUUUUGUUUGACAGCUUUUUACAUUACCACUUUGUUUGUUGCUGCUUUUGUUACCUUCACUGUAACAAUCUCAUCCAUCAUUGCUGCUUUAGUGGCUGCAGGUUGGAUUGGGUUGAUCUGGAUGGUGUGGUUGGGCGUGUCAAAAAGCGCCUCUUUUGCGAAACGUUCGCUGAGUGUCGAUACUCUGCACAACACUCCUCGCAAUUAUAAAGAGCCCGCACCGGUUGUAGUCAACUAGUGGCACUGACUGACAGACACUGACACUGGCACUGACAGUGCAGUUUCAUGGGAGUUGAUAUACGGGUAGUUAAAUAAGUCACGGAUGUCACUGUUUGUUACGAAUUCUAAAAUCUAUAGUUUUUUCUUUUUAUGUAAAUAUUAUUUUGCUUUUAAAUCUAUGAGCACUUAAACC